AUGCCGAACACCUUGAUACCGACGUCAGGCCACGCUUUGAACGAUUUCACAGCCCGAAUAGCGGAUCCAGGCUGCAACGUGCAUGUCACCGACUACGAGGUGCUCAGAGACCGUGUAGUCAUCCCAGUCCUUCGAUCGUUUGCAACUUCGCGAGCACUUCUUGACUUCACCACGAUCUGGAAACCGCAACUUCAAGAAGCUAUCAGAGUUAGUCGACCUGUCACGGACAACACGAUUCCAGCAGUGAUGUUAUGGGACAGCGAUGAGAUAUUCGACGAAUUCAAGAAGCAGGUUGCGAUAUCAACGUCGACUGUUGCGGUGGAAGGCAUACUGAGCGAGCUACUUCCAUCCCUCGAAGAGAUGAGCACAAAAGCGGGCACUCUAUUGGACUGUUUUGCGACCACUGCGAUUGCGACACCUCUUGUUGCGAUGGGACGGUCGUCAAAUGAGGCGGACAAUACCCAGUACUGUACCAGCAUUCUUGAGGCUCUCGGUCGCGUGCUCCAAAGAAAAACAGACUUUCAGGGCAAGCGUUGGAGGCUGUGGAGACUGACAGCCGCCGUACAGCAGGCAGAUCCGGGCGUGCGGCUGCCUGUCGGUUUCAUCGAUGGUAGUAGCCCUCAAGCUUGUCUCGCGGACGCAGAAAAGGCUGGCACUCCUGGCUGGAAUCAAGAAUGCUACUUGCGGUUCAAGGUGCUGGGUACAGAGACCCUGGCCGGCAACGAGCCUUAUCGACUUGCCUUCGAGAAAGAGCUUGCUUCUCUACAAAGCCUUGCCGAGUAUCUGGUGAAGUCGAGUACUUCUGCCGAAGGUGAUGCUUGGGAGGGACGGAGUCUGACAAUGUCGACUACCCGAAAGCUCGCAUCUGCUUGCCUUGGCAUUCUUUUGGCCAAUUCUGAACUGCUCGGACGGAAUCGCGCCUUCUCAGAAGCAGUCUUCCACAUGUCUUUGGAAUCCACGGAUGCAGAGACCCCUGUGGACGGUGUGAGACUCGGUCAAACAGCUAUUCAGGCUGUCCAUGAGCAAGACGCCGGAUCGAGCGAUGCAGAUUUCCAAGGUCUGAUCAAAGCAAACAAGCUUGCGAUGGGCAAGAUGCGUACGCAAUAUCUACGAAGGACGGCAGAGCAGCAAUUCGAGCUUCUCAAAGCUGCGAAAUUCAAAAAGCUUCGAUUGUCCGACAUUGCUGCUAUUCUAGGCUUCCUGAUGUGGGUUGGUGCGACCGUAACUGUGAGCUACACGCGCUCUGAGUCGUGGUCAGACUGGAGAAAUAUUUCCGACAAGCUUACCAAGGCGAAGAGCGAUGCUCUUUCGUUUGACUUUGUUGUCAUAGCGCGUGCGAUGCAAGAUGCAGUAGAUCGACUUCUACAGCAUGCCAUGAAACCCGGUGCUGAGGACACGACUGUGAUGAAUUCGAUAGUCCAGCACACAAUAGAUGUUCUUGAGGCUCUGCAUGACAUCGAGGGCAAGGUGGACGUGAGUGACCACCCAUUCGAGCUCUGCGCUGCCCAACGAAUUAGCACCAACGCCGAUACAUUCAACCAUUUGCGCGACGACACAGUGCCAAAGAUUCGGGAAGCAUUGGCUUCGGUCGUGGAGCGAAGUAUCCAGGAUCUCACCGAGGGCAGUGCUUUGGAGAAGACUCCUGCAAAAGCCGUCGUCCUGCUAGAGAUGGCGGACGAACUCUCGGGUCCUGCGUCGCGGCAUACAGAAGUUCACAGAUUUAAGCAGCUGAUACUUGACAAAGAGUCAGACAUUAAUACCGAUGGUCAGCAUCUAAAACAGAUGCUCAAGAAUCAGACCAAUUCAAUGGUAGCAUCGUUGUCUUCAGCGAGACAGGCGCAAGAAGGCACAGAGGAUGCAUUCACUCCAAGCCUGAAGAAUAUCGGGGUGCUCAGCGGCGACACCCAGGCCGAAUACUACAGAGCAGCAGCGAAGGCCAUCUCCUUUGCAAGCGAACUGCAUUUCUCGAACUACGCUAGGUGUAUCGAGCUUUGCAUGAAGAAUGCAGAUGCUAAUCAUGGCAUCAUCGACCAGUUCGUCGUCGGAGCUAUCACCCGGAAGAUCAGUACGGACCACCUAGAGCGAGACGAGAAGCUUGUCCUGAUGCUGAACACAGUGGCCAGCCUGUCAAUCGAGCAGUCUAUCCCUGGUCAGAGUAGCCUUCUCAGACUAGAGAAUGCCAGCCUCGCCUUGUCUUUGCACCCUCGACAGAUAACUCAGGCCACGAUAGACCGACUCCUAGCACGACUCUGCACUUUUGGUUCCAGAGAUUUGACGAGCAGUCCAGACUCUACUGUCGAACCGCACUUGCUCAUCGACCGCAUCUUCUCCGUCAUCGGCACCCUCCUAUCGCGCUUCCGCCGCCGCCUUGCCGACCGCCAUCACCUUCUGCUACCCGUUCUUCAACAGAUCCUGCGCUGCUUCUUCUACUCACCCGAGCUCGAGCGCCGCGCUCGACAGACCACCGUCAUAGGCAGCAAUCCCUCCAGCCUCCUACGGUCCCUGCCACCAUGGAUCCGAAAUUCGAAGUCAUCUCUGCCAAGUUCAUCAGCCACAACCCUUUCCCGCAUCCUCUCCUCAAUAUGCAACCCAACCGUCUCAGCCGCAAAGUCCUCCUCCCGACGCGGCGGGCGGUCGGCCUCAACCCAGCUUAAUGAUGAGACCAAGCGUGUCAAGACUCUGGCAGGCCAGCACAUGCAGUAUCUGGUCAUGGAGUAUUGCCGAUGCACGCUCGAUGGAGAGCUUCAGCCGGCGGUGAAGGAGAAGCUGCUGCCGGGCAUGUAUGUCAUUCUAGACGCUAUGAGCCGGGAGUUGAUGCGCUGUAUGAAUGCGGAUAUGGAUCCGAGUAGUCGGGCGAUAUUCAAGGGUUUGUAUGAUGAUUGGGUAAAGUAUGGGAAGUGGGAUAAAAGCUGA